AUGGUGGCUGUGUAUGCUGUCGUUGGAGCCUUUAUGUUUCAAGCGAUCGAGUACCCUAAAGAAAUGGAGUUUCAAGGUCAUAUCAAGAACGACACUUGGAAUGUUGUACAUGAACUGUUCGACUUCAUCAAUAACAGCUCAGUGAUCGAAGAAGUCGAAGUGAAGAUGGAAGCUCACCGACUGUUCAAACACUACGAGAAGUUGCUUGUGGAAGCCGUAAAUUUUGAAGGUUAUGACGAGCACGACGACGUCCGUACGACGUAUCAGUGGACGUUCUCUGGAGCGUUGUUGUAUUCAAUCACCGUCUUCACCACAAUUGGUGCUGAAUAUUCAUCAAGAAAAUCUCAAAUAGUAUGGUUUGGUCUUUGGCGUAAUUUUGCACAAUUGGUGUCUGUGGUGCACCAAUGGUAUGGUCAUAUUUGCCCAAAAACCGACACCGGCCGUCUUAUGACGAUCUUCUACGCGAUGGUUGGCAUUCCGUUGAUGUUGCUGUGCUUGGCGAAUAUUGCUGAAACCUUUGCACAGGUACUGCGAUUUUUCUAUUACAGUGCAAUCCCACAGUUUAAAUCUGUCGCGUCUUCUAAAAUUCGACUGUGCUUUAGUAGUGAAAUUUUUACCUACAUCUACUUCAAAGUCUGCUGCGCAUACUGUCGUUGGCAGCGAAAUCGGCGGCGAAUCCGACGAGCAGCGCUCUCGUUUCGCUACCAUCCGAAUGCCGCCAUUAACACGAUUAGACGAGGUGUGAUCGAUUUGUUGAUUGCUAUUGAUCCCAUCCAUCCAUAG